UUUCAGAUCGCGAACAUAACCCUACGUGUAGUACUUUCUACUGAAUUAACUUCUAAAACUAGCGUGACACUGGGUAAAACGACACAAUUCUUCAACCAUGAACGGCGAAGGAGAAAGAAAUGGCGGAGAAGCCGAAAAUAUUGAACAACUUGAUCUUAACUUGGCUUAUCGAUUCCUCGAUUCACUCCCAAACGAUGUUCACAUCUUAAACAAUUUGCCAGAUCCGUUGAAAAUUACAAGGAUCAAUCUUGCCGGAAACACCAUUUCAGUUCUCCCCGAUUCAAUAGCAACCUUUCCGAACCUUAGAGAAUUGGAUGUCUCUGCAAAUGGCUUGGCUUACAUCACCCCACGAAUCGGCGAACUACGGAAUCUCAAACGCUUGUUGGCAAAGAACAACAACUUGGUCGAUUUACCGAAAGAGUUCGCUUCCCUUUUGGCUUUAGAACAUCUUAAUUUGAGCGGUAAUCGAUUUGUAUCGUUUAUGCCCCAAAUGUUUGAACUUUUAGCACUCAAAGCAUUGCUUUUAGGAGGGAAUAGAAUCGACGUUAUUCCACCAGACAUUCAUCGUCUCCAAAGGUUGGAAAUUCUUUAUCUUGGUGGCAAUCAGCUGGAAUCUGUACCAGCUGAACUGGGUAUGCUGCGCAAGUUGAAGGCUCUCAACCUGUGCGACAACAAGAUUGAAUCACUGCCUUCGACAUUUGCAAAACUGACACAUUUACAAUCUUUGAGUCUUCACAGUAACAGAUUGACACUGCUGCCAGUUGGACUUGUAAAACUACGAAACCUGGAAGAAUUAAGUCUAAGAGAAAAUCCUCUUGUUGUGCGAUUUGUUAGAGACAUGGCAUUUAACCCUCCUUCGUUAUUAGAAUUAAGUGGUCGCUGCAUAAAAAAUACAGGUGUCAAAUAUGGUCCACAAGACCUACCUGCUCAUUUACUUCAGUAUCUGAAUAGUGCUCGCCGUUGUGUGAAUCCAUGCUGCAAAGGAGUGUAUUUUGAUGCAAGAGUGCGACAUAUAAAGUUUGUGGACUUCUGCGGGAAAUAUCGUCUGCCUCUUGAACAGUUUCUGUGCUCACCACAUGCUGAUGAAAGAUGGGAAGAUUGUUCCGCAACCAGCAGCAGUGAAGAUGAAGCCAUUGGCAUACCACGUGAAAGAAUGAGGAGAGUUCUUUUGGGAUAAAAAUAAUUUCCAGCACAUUGCAAAAUGUACAGCCCCUCAUUUGGGACUCUUAAUUCGGGGUUUGCCUUCAUUCAAGAGAUGCAAACUUUGGUCCUGACUGAAAGAAAUGCUUCUAUGGUAAACUUUGCAUCUGUUGUCUUCACUGACAGUUUGGACUCUUCAGGAAACACUAGUUUUUUUUUUAAGAUGUCCACCAUAUCAUUAACCCUUUCACUUGCCUCAUCUCAAUAUCAGCCCUCUUAACUGUGUGCUGAUACAUUUAUGUUUUGAACUUAAAUAAUUCAUAAUGGUAAUUGAACUGAGUCGAGUGCAAUUUGGUCUGAAAUCAUAUACAUGUUUUAAACAAUUUAAUCUGCACUGCACCUCUGUUUAAUUUGAAUUCACAAGUGUAAUUUCAGACCAUAAUGCAUAACAUGAAGUUCAGUUAUCACUGUUGGAAAUUUGUUUUAAAUUUGCAAAAUUUAAUGACCCAAACACAGGAUUUAAUUCAUUACAAAGUUUUAUUGAUCCAGUACUGAAGUCAUGGGGACAAAUGUUACAAAAAUUGCGACGUAAUGGCUUCUUUCAGUUUUCUGAAGUUUGAUUGGUAACUUUAAUUACUUACCUUGAUUGAUUACUUUGUUUGGAUAUUUUGGUGAAGAGUUGCUUUCUCAUUGGAAAAAGAUGCAAUUUAGAAACAAAAAUGAUGUAAUUUGUCAAUGAAUUGCACUGCUGAGAGCCAAUCAGAUUGCUAGGACCAUUAAUUGCCAGUGAUUUCAAAAUGGAUAAAGCAGAACAGAAAUUCAAACAAUAUCCUCUUUUCUUUCUUCUCCAACCUGCUGUAAAUUGUAUUGAUAUUGUAAGGGGAAAUUCAUUUGUGGUCUUUCUUGGGA